AUAAACAUCCCCACAAAUUCGCUUUAACCUUUACAACCAUCAACAUCCAUUACAAAUGCCAUGAGUUUUUAUAACAAGAAACAAAAAUGGAGAGAAAAGAAGACCGUGUUCAUUCAGGAACUCACAGGUUCAGGGACAGGCGCGAGCUCGGUACGUCGGUUCAAAUCCAUGAUAAAGAUUACAAAGAACCUCCGGCAGCCCCAUUGUUCGAGGCCGCCGAACUCACCUGCUGGUCAUUUUACCGCGCCGCGAUAGCAGAAUUUACCGCCACUUUUCUUUUUGAAUACAUCACCAUCUUGACGGUCAUCGAAGUCGCCAAGUCUAAGACCAAGUGCUCAUCCGUUGGCGUACAAGGAAUUGCGUGGGCCUUCGGUGGCAUGAUUUUCACACUUGUCUAUUGCACCUCCGGAAUCUCAGGUGGUCAUAUUAACCCAGCGGUGACGUUUGGGUUGUUUUUGGGUAGAAAAUUGUCUUUGACCCGGGCAAUAUUUUACAUGGUGAUGCAAUGCGGUGGCGCGAUUUGUGGUGCCGGCGUUGUUAAGUGGUUUCAAGGACAAAGGGAAUUCGAGCUACGCGGCGGUGGUGCCAACGUGGUUUCCGAUGGCUACAGCAAGGUCGAUGGAUUCGGGGCGGAGAUAAUCGGCACAUUCGUUCUUGUUUAUACCGUCUUCUCUGCCACCGACGCCAAGCUUAGUGCACGUGACUCGCAUGUUCCCAUAUUGGCGCCGUUGCCGAUCGGGUUCGCGGUGUUUUUGGUGCAUUUGGCGACCAUUCCGGUGACCGGAACAGGGAUUAAUCCGGCGAGGAGUCUCGGGACAGCCAUCAUCUACGACAGGAAGCAAGCAUGGGAUGAACAUUGGAUAUUCUGGGCCGGACCAUUCACCGGUGCAGCGAUAGCGGCAGCGUACCACCAAAUCUUAAUCAGAGCAAUUCCGUGCAAACAAAGUUAACCGUUCAACUUUCAGUUUUGGCAACAAUAUGACCAUAUAAGUGUACUCUUGAAAUUUAAAGUCUAUUAAGAGAAUGUGAGAGUAUGUCACACUUGUAAGGAUUAUUAUGUACACUUUGUACAGAAAGAAUUCAGAAGUUGUUGGGUUGGGGCUGUGGAAUAAAUAAAG